AUCAGCUGAGGGUCACGUGGUGCCGCGAGUCCCUGCAGGCUUCCGACUUGCCACCACUCCAGUUGCCGGCCUGUUUGGGCUCUGCACGGUUCAUGAUGCGUGGCGGGCAGUGCACAGCAUGGGCUCCUGUGCUCCAGUUCACGAACUGCCGCAUCCUGCGCGGCGGCGUGCUGCUCAGAGAGGACCUGUGGGUGCGCGGGGGCCGCAUCCUGGAUCCUGAGAAGCUGUUCUUUGAGGAGAGGCGCGUGGCUGACAAACAGCGAGACUGCGGAGGCUGCAUCCUGGCACCUGGCUUUAUCGAUGUGCAGAUCAACGGUGGAUUUGGUGUGGACUUCUCCAAGGCUACAGAGGAUGUGGGUUCUGGGGUCGCCCUAGUGGCUCGGAGGAUCCUGUCCCACGGUGUUACCUCCUUCUGCCCCACCCUGAUCACAUCCCCUCCAGAGGUUUAUCACAAGGUCCUUCCUCAGAUCUCUGUGAAGAGUGGAGGUCCCCAUGGGGCAGGGGUCCUUGGGGUGCACUUAGAGGGCCCAUUCAUCAGCCAUGAGAAGCGGGGUGCACACCCAGAGGCCUACCUCCGCUCCUUUGAAGCCAAUGCUUUCCAUGAUGUGUUGGCCACAUAUGGGCCUCUGGACAAUGUCCGCAUUGUGACACUGGCUCCUGAACUGGGCCGAAGCCAUGAAGUAAUCCGGGCACUGACAGCCCAAGGCAUCUGUGUGUCUCUAGGGCACUCUGUGGCUGACCUGAAGGUCGCAGAGGAAGCAGUGCAGAGUGGAGCCACCUUCAUCACCCACCUCUUCAAUGCCAUGUUGCCUUUCCAUCACCGUGACCCAGGCAUCGUAGGGCUUCUGACCAGUGACCAGGUGCCCCCAGGCCGCUGCAUCUUCUACGGGAUGAUUGCUGAUGGCAUACACACUAACCCUGCAGCUCUGCGUAUUGCCCACCGUGCCCAUCCCCAGGGGCUGGUUCUGGUCACUGACGCGGUCCCUGCUCUGGGCCUGGGCAAUGGCCGUCACACGCUGGGGCAACAGGAGGUGGAGGUGGAUGGGCUAACAGCCUACGUGGCAGGCACCAAGACAUUGAGUGGCAGCAUAGCCCCCAUGGAUGUCUGUAUCCGGCAUUUCCUGCAGGCCACAGCUUGGAACUACGUACGUGUGGGAUGCUUACAACAGCAUGUCCUUGAGCAGGCUGUAGUGUGGAGUUGGCUCUGGAGGCUGCAUCUCUCCACCCUGCCCAAUUGCUAGGGCUAGAGAAGACCAAGGGGAGCCUCGACUUUGGUUCUGAUGCAGACUUCGUGGUGCUCGAUGACACCCUCCACGUCCAGGCCACUUACAUCUCGGGUGAAUUGGUGUGGCAGGCAGAGAAAGCUGGGCCGUGACUGAGGAUCUUGUCUGGAGAGGACACCUGACCGAAGCUGGACACUGACAGGCCAGGCAGUCCAGGGAGCUGGUCUCCGGGAACAAGUUGGAACCCAGAGCCUCAGUCCACUCUACUGGAGGCAGAGUGGAUUGGAUAAACAGCAGGAUUUUCCUUGUU